UAAAAAGAUAUACUAAUGAAGCAAUUUGACUUUAAUGAGAGCGACAUACAUCACCUGAAAACAAGUCAAUUCCUUAUGCCUGGAUUUGUCGAUACUCACUUACAUGCUCCACAGUAUGAAUUUACUGGCACUGGAUAUAACCUGCAGUUACUGGACUGGUUGGAUAAAUGCACUUUUCCUACUGAAGCAAAAUUUUCUGAUGUUCAACUUGCUUCUAAAGUGUACCAAAGUGUUGUUAAACGGACCAUUAAUAAUGGUACAACUACAGCUAGCUACUUUGCGACUAUUCAUGUUGAGUCUGCCAUUGAGUUGUGCAAAAUUAUAGCUCAAUGUGGUCAAAGAGCUUUGGUCGGUAAAGUGAAUAUGGACAGGGAAUCACCUGAUAAUUACAUUGAAACUACUAGUAGCUCUAUAGCUGAUACUGAAAAAUUUAUUGAGUUUGUCGAAGGAAUGAAAAAUCCAUUAGUUGAGGCUGUUAUAACGCCAAGAUUUCUACCAACUUGCACAGAUGAGCUACUAAAACAACUAGCAGAGUUGGCAAAGAAAAAAGGACUUAAAACACAAAGUCACUUGUGUGAACAGCUUGGUGAAGUUGGUUACACAAUGAACUUUUACCCUUCCGAUCAAUACCCUUCACAUCAAAAUUGCACACAAGUGUUUGACAAGAUGGGGCUACUCAAUGAAAAAACCUACAUGGCCCAUUGCAUACACUUGAAAGAAGAGGAAUUG